AGGAGAGAUUCAUUUUAUAUAAAGCUUCCAAGCAAAAGUGAAAAUUAUUAGAGAAUAAUAUUAUUGUUCUAGAAAUUAUUUAAAUUACAAGAAUGGGGAUAAAACUAUCUAAGAGUAAGAUCAAAUCCCAUUUGAUCAAACCAAACAAAAGCUCCUUUCCAGCUAAUACUAUGGAGUUGAAGGUGGAGAAUCCCAUGUGGGUAAAACCCCAAAGUUUCGCCGGAGAAGCUUACAGCAGUGACAGGGUGUAUGCAGAAGCUGCAGAAAGCGCCACCCCUGAAAGCUAUGGAGUUUGCGAGCGGUCGAGAUCAUUUCGGACGGUGGAGAUGGACGGCAUUCCGUUUUCCGACAGGGUGGAGGAAAGGAUGGGUUGGUUGCGUUCUCAGAUUAUCGGUGGAGAAGCAGAGAUUGAUUCUCCAUUUGGAGAAAGACGAUUGUGUUAUGCUGAUCAUACAGCUUCUGGUCGUUCUCUUCGUUAUAUUGAAGAUUUCAUCCUCAGAAAAGUUCUUCCAUUUUAUGGCAACACUCACACAUGUGACAGCUACGUAGGACACCAUACAACAAAGAUGGUGCACGAUGCAACUACGUACAUCAAGAGAUGCUUAGGAGGUGGAGAAGAAGAAGCAAUUCUAUUCUGUGGACAAGGCACAACUUCCGCCAUUAAAAGACUUCAAGAAGUGAUGGGCAUUGCAGUGCCAUCCAUUCUAAGAGAGAGGGUAAUAGAAACCCUAAAGGAAGAAGAAAGAUGGGUUGUUUUUGUUGGACCUUAUGAGCAUCACUCCAACCUCCUCUCGUGGCGGCAGAGCUUAGCCGAGGUAGUUGAAAUUGGAAUGGAUGAGAAUGGGCUUUUAGACUUCGAAAUGCUCAGAUCCCAACUUGAAGCAUGUAAGAAAGCUGGAAAUAGACCAAUUUUGGGUUCUUUUUCAGCUUGUAGUAAUGUCACAGGAAUUUAUUCAGACACAAAAGCUAUUGCUACACUAAUUCAUCAAUAUGGAGGCCAUGUUUGCUUUGAUUUUGCUGCAAGUGGUCCUUAUGUGCAAAUUGAUAUGAAGUCGGGGGAAAUUGAUGGCUAUGAUGCCAUUUUUUUAAGUACGCACAAGUUUCUUGGAGGGCCUGGAUCACCUGGAAUCCUUCUGAUGAACAAAAGUCUCUACAAGUUAAAAUCAUCUCCUCCAUCAACUUGUGGGGGUGGUACUGUGACUUAUGUCAAUGGCUUCACUGAAAAGGACACACUGUAUUACGAAAACAUAGAAGAGAGGGAAAAUGGUGGAACGCCACAGAUUAUAGGAAUAAUAAGAGCAGCUUUGGCUUUUUGGGUAAAAGAAUAUAUCGGCUAUCAAGAGAUAGAGAAGCAAGAGCAUCGGUAUAUAGAAAGGGCUUUGAAGAGACUUCUCCCAAAUAGAAGCAUCAGUAUUUUAGGGAGCACGUCUACAAAGCGACAGGCGAUAUUAUCUUUUAUCAUUUACUCCUCGACCAAUAAUUCAUUGCCCAACUGUAUCACAGAUAUGUUAGGUAAUCCUAACAGCAGAGAAAAGGUUAAAAAGCUUUACAUGUGGGAAGAAACGGGGAGUAUGAGAGCCAAACCUCUUCACGGUCCUUUUGUAGCAGCGCUCCUGAGCGAUUUGUUUGGAGUUCAGGCUCGAGGGGGAUGCAGUUGUGCUGGUCCUUAUGGUCACAAGCUGCUCAACAUUGAUGAAGCAUGCUCGCAAGCCUACAGAACUGCCAUUGCUAAGGGCUAUGAGGGAAUAAAACCUGGAUGGACAAGAGUCAGCUUUCCGUACUACAUGUCAAAUGAGGAGUUCGAAUUCAUUUUAAAAGCUUUAGAAUUCAUAGCUGAUUAUGGACAAAGAUUCCUUCCUUUGUAUGCCUUCAAUUUGAGAAAUGGUAGCUGGACACUGAAGGAAAAGGAGCUCACCGACCUACUCGGGAAGGAGAAUUACAGUGCCAGUCACAUCUUUGCAUUCAAAAACCAGUGUACCAAUGCAGAAGCUAAGUUAGCAGCCAUAGUAUACAAACAUAAAUCAUAUUUAGAAUCUGCUAAAAGAAUCGCCAACCUUCUCCCCAAGUUCCCUCCUGAGAGAGUGCUUCACGAGGAUAUUGAAUCCUCUCUAUUAACAUUCAGAAUCUAGAAAAAUACCACAUUAUAGUUGUGUUGUAAUCUUGGUUAGCAUGAUAGUUGAAUAACGAUAGCCAACAAAUAAACAAUGCACUAAUGAAUUCUUUUUACAUUA